UUAAAUUCUCAAGCGCAGCUGCCGUUGUCGCAAUGGUGGCGAUGCCGAGACAUUGAAUGACUUUGGCUCCAUCACCAAAAAUAGCCGAUUAGCCGGCGAUUCCCUCCUCGCGAAACCGAAGACAUGGAGGCACUCAUUCCCGUCAUCAACAAGCUCCAGGAUGUGUUCAACACUGUGGGCGCGGAUAUCAUCCAGCUGCCGCAAAUAGCUGUCGUGGGGACCCAGAGCAGCGGCAAGAGUUCCGUCCUGGAAAGCCUGGUGGGUCGUGACCUGCUCCCUCGCGGGACCGGCAUCGUCACUCGGCGGCCUCUCAUCCUCCAGCUGGUUCACGUCGAUCCGGGAGAUGCCCGCAAAAAUGACGACAUCGGCAGAGAAGGCGAAGAAUGGGGAAAGUUUCUGCACACCAAAAAUAAGAUCUACACUGAUUUUGAGGAAAUCAGGCAAGAAAUAGAAGCUGAAACGGAGCGAGUGUCGGGGAAUAAUAAGGGCAUCAGUGAUGACCCCAUCCACCUGAAGAUAUUUUCUCCCCACGUCGUCAACCUCACCCUGGUGGACCUGCCCGGCAUCACCAAGGUGCCCGUGGGAGAUCAGCCCGUACACAUCGAGCUCCAGAUCCUCGAGCUCAUCCUGAAGUACAUCUCCAACCCCAACUGCAUCAUAUUAGCCGUCAGCGCCGCCAACACCGACAUGGCCACUUCGGAGGCCCUCAAAGUGGCCCGGCAGGUGGACCCGGACGGCAGGAGGACAUUGGCCGUGGUGACCAAACUGGACCUGAUGGACGCCGGUACCGACGCCAUGGACGUGCUGAUGGGUCGAGUCAUUCCUGUUAAACUGGGACUCAUCGGCGUGGUCAACAGGAGCCAGCUGGACAUCAACAAUAAAAAGUCCGUGGCUGACGCCAUCCGUGACGAACACGGCUUCCUGCAGAAGAAAUAUCCCUCGCUCGCUAAUCGCAACGGGACCAAAUACCUGGCCAGGACCCUUAACAGACUCCUGAUGCAUCACAUCCGCGACUGUCUGCCGGAGCUGAAGACGCGCAUCAACGUGCUGGCCGCCCAGUACCAGUCGCUGCUCGGCAGCUACGGCGAGCCGGUGGAGGACCAAAGCGCCACCUUGCUGCAGCUCAUCACCAAGUUCGCCACCGAGUACUGCAACACCAUCGAGGGCACGGCCAAGUACAUCGAGACGGCGGAGCUGUGCGGCGGCGCCCGGAUCUGUUACAUAUUCCACGAGACUUUUGGCCGAACUUUGGAAUGCGUGGAUCCCCUGGGAGGCCUCAGCACCAUCGACAUCCUCACAGCCAUAAGGAACGCCACCGGCCCCCGGCCUUCUCUGUUCGUGCCCGAGAUCUCCUUCGAGCUCCUGGUGAAGAAGCAAGUAAAGCGCCUGGAGGAGCCCAGUUUGCGCUGCGUGGAGUUGGUCCACGAGGAGAUGCAGAGGAUUAUCCAGCACUGCAGCAACUACAGCACGCAGGAGCUGCAGAGAUUCCCAAAGCUCCACGAGGCCAUCGUGGAAGUGGUCACUUCCCUCUUGAGGAAAAGGCUGCCCAUCACCAAUGAGAUGGUCCACAACUUGGUUGCCAUCGAGCUGGCUUACAUCAACACAAAGCAUCCGGACUUUGCAGACGCCUGCGGGGUCAUGAACAACAACAUCGAGGAGCAAAGGAGAAACCGGAUGAGAGAACUUCCCACUGCAGUGCCCCGGGAGAAGUCUGUUGGCAAAGGCCCGGUUGCGGUUUCUGGCGAGCCCCCCGCGUCCGGAGCAGACGCGGACGGCGCCAAGGCUCUGGCGGCAGGGCCGCAGGGUGACCAGGACGGGGCAGGCACCUGGAGGGGGAUGCUCAAGAGAGAAGAGGAAGGCGCAGGCUCGGGUCCGGGAAGCCCUCUCAAAGGAGCCGUCAACUUGCUGGACGUGCCCGUGCCGGUAGCCAGGAAGCUGUCGUCACGUGAGCAGCGCGACUGCGAGGUCAUCGAACGCCUCAUCAAGUCCUACUUCCUGAUUGUCCGCAAGAACAUCCAAGACAGCGUGCCCAAGGCGGUGAUGCACUUCCUGGUCAACCACGUGAAGGACAGCCUCCAGAGCGAGCUGGUGGGGCAGCUCUACAAGUCGGGGCUCCUCAACGAUCUGCUGACUGAGUCGGAGGACAUGGCCCAGCGCCGCAAGGAAGCGGCAGACAUGCUGCAGGCACUGCAAAAAGCGAGCCAGGUGAUAGCUGAAAUCAGAGAAACUCAUCUGUGGUGACUUGAAAGCUACGAAUAAAAUGCACUGAACCUUCCCCUAAAAGUAGACGCCAUCAUGGCCUCAUGUACCUUGGAAACAAGUUUGCGUUGAAGAUAAUGUAAAUAUAGUAUGUCAUGACAUUGUAACAUUAUAUUUAUUGUGACUGGACAAAAGUUGUCAAAAUGUGUUUGGUGGUGACACAUUAAAUGACUAAAGUGCUCUGAA